AUGGCGUGGAGCCUAGGAUCUCAGCGCCAAGAAAUCGUGUCACACAAUGGACACGCUCAUCAGCCACCACCUCAUUCGCGAUUGAUCAGCAAACUGGAGGAAUCUGAUGGAACAUUAUUAUGCCUAAUAGUAGCAACCUGCAAACUCGUCAGCAGUGCCUGCAAUUUCCAUGUGUUUCUAUUAAGUGAUGAUGGUUUUACCCACAAAGAAAUCACAGAGUUGGUGGCUGGCACAAUGGUGGUUGCUAUUUGCUACCCCUAUAUACUUCUGAAAUGGCACGAAUUGAUCUUGCCGAACUUGACACCCUUGAAGUCGUGGGUCGCAUGGCGUCCUAACGUCUGGAUUUUCAGAGACACAGGCGUUCUUGUGAUUAUUUCCUACCUGCUAUUGCUGGACAUCAAUUGGAGAUUCCUCUUACUUGCCAUCUUUCCUAUUAUGGCCAUUACUUUCAUAGGAGCACUGUACUUUAAGCUCAAUCGUUGUACUGGCGACAUUGGUCGUAAAGUUACUCCACAAUCUUCUAUGGUCGAUGAGAAUACCAUCAUCAAGACACCUAUGGAGCUGGAGAUCAUAGUGGUGGUGACGUUCGGGGCGCUGUUGGUGAUGGAUCAACUUGACGAUGGUGCAGCUAUGGGCUUCGCCAUCACACAGUUUCUCUUGUUCCUGAGCUCCACUGUGGCGGCAUUGACGCGCAUGAUGAUGAAGCUGCCUACUGAUCCUUUUCCGGGCAGUGCACCGGCGUCAGAGUUGCUCCACAAGACCUUGCUUCUACUUCUACUGGUGACGGCACACACAUUGGCCGCGGAGUGGCUGGGCGAGGAUGUGGUUCUGUUCUGCAUGCCGGAGGUUGUUCCGGUGCUCCUCUGGUACAGCCUUCACCUCGACCGCCCACACCACCACCCACUCAUCAGCGUCGACAAAAUGAAGCCACGCAUGAAGGGGCUCAUUGCCCUAUCUACACUGGUGGUAUUUCCUCUUUUCGCAUACAUGGUGAACUCCAUGGAUGUUUCUGGGCUCUCCUGGUGCACGAGGAUCAUGGUGUCAUGUGGCGUCUCAGGGGUUCUGACCUACUACCUUGUGUUCAUGAUACGCUACUGGCAUUGGCCGUGGAAAAGAGAAGCAGCAGCCGCUGGCCGCAGCAAGGACGAUGUGGUUUCCUCCGGCAUGCUCAAGUUUUUGGCAAAUGUUUUACUCAUAACGGCGGCAUUGCUGCUGCUGCUAAGGUAUAUGGUUUCUGUCCGGCUUGGUCUGCAACCAUCAUUGGUUGGUAUGCUACAUUUAAAUUUGCAACGACUAAGCUAG